AUGGACGGCUACGUCAAAUUCACGAAAGAUCGCGACGAUAACAUGUCCGAGAAGGCGCGUCUGGGAGAUCAGCACGAGAUACUGUUGCACGCGAUGAGAGGACGCGCCAUUUUGGCCCCCGUCGACCUUUCCAGGCCUUCCUUACGCAUUCUGGACUCAGGUGCGGCAGAUGGUCGCUGGUUGACGGACCUUCGCAGUUCCAUAGGAGGUGACAGCCAUGAAUACGUCGGGACGGACAUCGAUCCAUCCCUGUACCCUUCGUCGCCCCCGGAAGAUGUUUACUUUUGCAACCAGUCCAUCCGAAAACCAUUCCCAGAUGAGUGGCAGGGCACCUUCGAUGUGGUGCACCAGCGCCUAGUCAUGGCUGCGGUUGCGCCGCCCGACUCGACCAUCACGUCUGCGACCUCAAAUCUUGCAGGCCUGCUACGGCCGGGUGGCUGGUUGCAGCUUGUUGAACUGGACAACGAAUGUGUAAACGACAACGGACCGGCGAUGCGAAGACUUCUUCGUUAUCACCAGCAGAAUUCUGCCGCUGGUGGGCUGGGUCCUAACCUUUCGGUCCACUUAACAAGAGCCAUGCAAGACGCGGGGCUAAAGGGCGUCGAAGAACGGUCGGUAGACGUGAUGUACGGUGCCCGGAACAAGGGGGGUCGAGAUUUAAGGAUGAAGAGCAUGAUGAGUCUCUAUGGUGCUGUAGGACCAGUGCUGGCUCAGGCGAAACGUACGUAUAUCUAUCUUAGCCAUUGCGUUGGUAUGAACAAUGACCCAGAACUGAUCAACAAGUAUACUUCCAGUGGCAACUCCAAAGAAGUUUGA